ACAACUGCAAGGACCGCUAUUUAACGAUACAUUAAUUAGGGUAUUAAUACUACGUGUUAGCUACAGAUAUUUUUUCCUGGACGUUGGACCAAUGUCACACAUAUCGUGAGAUUUCCGCUUUACCUUGUCAAAGUUCUGUGCGCGGUAUGCAUUGACUUACGCCGGUGCACUUGCAUUAUGAAAAUGGGGAUCUGGACUAGAGCAGUGGUGUGCACAAUAUGCAUGUAUUGUAUAUCCUGCGCAGUAGUCCAUAUACACAGGAGUGCGCGGUGUUUGGUGAAGAUGAAUGGAGCCGGAUGGUUUAAUUGAUUUGUCGACAAAUGGACGUGUUCCCGUAUUGACAAAACUCUUGUCACUAACAAGAGGCGGCUGCAGCCAGUUGGCUUCAAUGGGCAAAGUUGUCCUGACGUCCUGUAUUCCAGUGAUUCAAGAGGAGAAGAGUCAAACAACAAUCCUGUUUCCUGUCGGCAGCGGCAUAUACAGAUACUGCCUCAGUGUAUGCGGCCACUCGCGUGGAACGACGUCAGGACAACAGUGAGAGCUCCGUAAAUUUUCCGGACUCGCAGAUGUGUCAUCCGAUAAAUGAUAACCCACACAAUUUACUUUUGUCCCAUCCAUAUUAUUAUUGCACUUGCUAGUCGGCGGUGACAAAUGGAAUUUUUUGAAUAUCCCGAUUACCUUGGCAAUCGCAACUGCUGCUAUCAGUCGAUCGUCCAGACCGGUGACUGUAUGUACAAUGAUUAUUUGGAUUCGCAGUUAGGGAAAUCGUCCAGUGAACUUCUUGAUCACCAUCAUAAAUACAUUCGUCGAUCCAAAAAGAAGAAAGGCCCGCAGACGCACGUCUUGCAGCGGCAAGCGGCUAAUUUACGGGAACGCCGUCGGAUGCAGAGCAUUAACGACGCGUUCGAGGAUUUGCGACGCUGCAUACCCACGCUGCCCUAUGAGCGGCGGCUGUCGAAAGUGGACACACUGAAACAUGCCAUUCAAUACAUUGCCGACCUAGCCGACCUGCUAAAUUCUGGAGGCAGCUUCGACCGGCCAGAAGGACUGCAAAAAAUUCGAGAAAAAGAGGAAGCGCCAAAAAAGUUCAUCAUACCGUGUUCACAAGCUUUCCAUAUUUUGGUUGGACCAGACUGCAUAAUUGAAGGGCAUUCGCUCUCUUAUUACCGUGACCGCGGCCCGGGAUCGCCCGAUGAGAAUAACCGAACCCGUACUAAAUUGUGGCUGCCAAAAGCUUCAACUGAUAUCUCUGACAAUGAGGAGUCAGGAAACUAUGACUAGUCAAAAAUUUCGUUGUGGGUUGAUGUUAAAGAAUGAAGGGGAAGCAAAUUAGAUUGCGAUCAUAGCUUUGUGAUUUGAGUGCUAAAAUUCGAUUUUUAGUCAAAAAUUAAAUUUGGAGUUUUUUCUGAGCAGCCAAGUUAUGCAAAAAAGGCAGAGACUGGCCUGGCAGAAAAUAACUGUUCUCUUAAAAAUUGAACUAUAGAAGCAGCGAAAAAU